CCAAUAUUAAGGGUGUCAAAGGUUGAGGCGGUGGAAGACCGUACACCCACCCGACGACGAAUAACGCACCCGAAGCUGGGGAAGACCAUCACCACCGACCUAUUCAAUGGAGGAACACGGAAAUUGGAAAGAAAUUUUUGUUUAUUUUAUUUUUCAGAGCUCAGGAUUCUCUUAAGAACAAACUAACUGCAGAAGAUGAUUUCUCCUGGAAAAUACCCAUGUCCAGACCCAGAAGAAGAUUAAGCAUGGAGGAGGAAGAAGAAGAAGAAGGUGGGGAGGUUUUGGAGUAUGUGGGUGGGGUUGAUAUAAGCUUUUCUAAGAAGGAUUCAUCUGUAGCUUGUGGUGUCCUUGUAGUUUUAGACCUCCAUAGCCUUGAAGUAGUCUAUCAAGACUUCUCAGUUGUUACCCUCCAUGUGCCUUACGUUCCUGGCUUCCUUGCUUUCAGAGAGGCCCCAGUGCUCCUCCAGCUUUUGGAAAAAAUGAAAAACAAAGCAAAUCCUUUCUACCCACAGUUGCUAAUGGUAGAUGGAAAUGGAGUAUUACAUCCUCGAGGUUUUGGCUUAGCUUGUCAUUUAGGCGUUGUGGCUAAUAUUCCUACUAUUGGCGUGGGAAAGAAUCUUCAUCACGUGGAUGGUCUUACACUUUCUGGAGUGAAGGAACUUCUUAAUGCAACCAAAAAUAAUGGCAGAGAUUUUGCUAGUUUGAUAGGACACUCUGGACGCACAUGGGGAGUGGCAAUAAGAUCGACAGGAGACGGGUUGAAGCCUAUAUUUAUAUCAAUUGGUCACCGUAUAUCACUCGACACUGCCAUCCAAAUCGUUAAAAUGACUUGCAAGUAUCGAGUGCCAGAGCCUAUCCGCCAGGCUGAUAUAAGAUCAAGAGACUAUCUUCUAAAACAUCAGUUAUGAGUUGUUCCUUCCUGGAUGAUGAAAUUCCAUGAGCCUGGUAGUGUUAGUGGUAGUGUUAGUGCCUGAAUUCGACGAUGCAGCUUAAUCGUCGAUUAAAAUUUUGCAAGAGGAGACAGCUUUAGAAGAUUAUGAUGUUCUUGCUCUUUGGAGACAACAGUUUGUGAAUGCACUUGUGCAGAGGCGAGAAGCCUGGAGGCAGGGACGGAGCCAGCCCCAAAAGGUGGGAGGGGCCAAAAUGAAGAAAAAACUAUUGGGACGGGGCAAAACAAUAUUUUUAAAAGAAAUUAAAAAAAAUCAAUAAAAAAAAAAAGAAGAGAAAAAUGUGAGGGGUCAGGCCCCUUUUGGCUUGUGCUUGGGACCGUCCCUACUUGGAGGCUAGGCUAGUUCUUUAGUAGUCUCGGCGGCAGUAUUUCGUCUUGGCUCAAAUAAUUCACCUUUUUGUUAAGCAAUAAGCCCCUUUUACGGGCAUGAGUAAUGAUAUGUGCACCUAAAAAUAUGUACCUAAACAUUAUAUACAUUGACGUGACAGACUGAUUUAUCUAAUUAUAUUUAUUAAAAUUGGGACUUACUAUUUUAAAAAAUACUGUUACGUCACUAUGUGUAAUAUUUGGGUGCACAUAUUAUUACUCUUUAGAGUAUUUAUUUAAGUUUUAUAUCAUAAAAUGUGUGUACCUAAUUUUUAAAUUAAAGUACCCUUUAUAUUCC